AUGUCUCUAUCUGCAAACUAUUAUUUGAGCAGUAUUGCCGAUCCUGUGUUAAGGGAGAAGUAUAUUUCUCAUAAUAUAACAGUUCCUUUGAAGGAAGAAGGUGAAGAAGUGGUGAUUGAUGCUGAAGAUGAUCUUCCGGAGGAUUCCAGUGAGCUAUGCACCUUAUUGACGAAUGAGGAGUGCAAGCCGGAAUAUUGGCUUCUUGUGGCGAAGGCUUAUGCUAAUAGAAAUAUGUAUGAUGAGGCAUUGAAUGUUGUUAAGCAGGCCCUAGAGAGCCCCUUUAUUUCCCAUGAGGACAAUCUAAUCGUCAGCAGUUUUCACAACUUCCUUUCUUGGUUAUAUGUGGCACGUGCUGGAGAUGGUAGUUCUUCCGAAUCAGCCAGUUUUCUUGAAACUGCCAAUACUGAGAUUCAGACCUCUCUAUCAUUACUUCCAGGCAACGAGAGUAGCAUUUUAGCUCAGGCAACCGUCAUGCUUGCAUCACAGCAUCAGAAUGGCAAGAAUCUGAAUUUUGAAAAAGAGUCUAGACUCUUGGAUUCAGUGCUCAAGAAAAACCAUCACAAUUGCUACGCUUUGUUAGCCAAGGCCAAGAUCUUCUUCUAUAGACAGAACUAUCUUGCAGCUUUGAAGGUCUUUCAAAGAGUGUUGAUUUUGAAUCCAUUACUAUUACCUGAUGCCAGAAUCGGAAUUGGUAUGUGCUAUUGGUUCCUUGACAGAAAGGAUUUAGCUGCUCAAGCAUGGAAGAACAGUGUUCUGGUUCAUAGAGACAACAACACGGAGGCCAAAAUUUUGACCUGCUUGUCGAAAUUCGAUGACUGCUUCACCAAUUCCAAAACUGACGACGAGUUUAAAAGUAAUUACGAGCAGGCUCUUGAGUUCACCAGAGCAACAUAUACUGAGGAUCCUUCCAACGGUGUUAUUCUGAUAGUUUUGGCUUCUUUCUAUUUCUUCAAGGGUGAAUUUGAUACUGUUUUGCGCAUCUGUGAUCAUAUUUUGACCACUGCUGGCUAUAUUCCUUCCCUAUUAAAAAGCGAUGCCCUAUUUUGGAAAGCCCGUUGUGAGUUUGUCAAUGGUAAGGAUAUUCAUAAGGCACAGAAGUUGUUCUCGGAGGCAAUGAGGGCGAACGAUCGUAAUUUCUUGGCACGUGCUGGCUAUGGGCAAUGCUUAGUUGUUCGUAAGCAAUUUAACGAUGCCAUAAGAACGUUUGAAAAGAUCGAGGAUUCUCUCCCGCAAAGUUUGGAGGUUAUACUUGCUCUUGGUAUGCUCUAUGCUAAAUCUUCAAGGUACCGUCGUCACGCUAUUGAGUAUCUAGAAAAGUAUGUGAAACUUGCCGUUGAUAAACAGGAACCAAUCAGUUUGACCGCUCUCUUCACUCUUUCUAAACUAUUUGAGGACCGUGAUAUUUCGAAAGCUUUGGAGUACUUACGGAUGGCCAAAGAUCAAGAAAUUGCAGCUGGCAAAACUGAUAAGCAAAUAUCGUACUCUUUGCUUAACAAUAUUGGGGUAUUGGCUACUCUUUGUGAUAAGGAUGGCUCCAGAGAGUUUGAUUCCGCCCUAGAGGUACUUCAGACUACUGCCUUCGAUACAGAAGAGCUUAAAAAGGCUUCAGACGUGACUUUAAGGUACAAUGUGGCCAGAACAAGGGAAUCCAGCGGUAGACCUGAAGAUAUCAAAAGUUCUAUGGUCAUGUAUAAGGAAAUUCUUGAGGAUUGCCCUCAUUACACAAGUGCGAAGAUUAGAUGGCUUCUUUUGGCUUGUGUUUCGGAGGAUAAGCAUAUCAAAGAGGAACUGGACAACUUAUUGUCUGAAGAGCCGGACAACAUGGAAGUCAGGUCUUUUUACGGUUGGUAUUUGAAAAACUACGAUAAGAGGCAUCACUUGUCUACUGACAAGGAACAUGAUCUUGAGUCCGAGCUUCAUCGUGAUACUUUGGUGAAGUAUACAUCUCAUGAUAUGUACGCUCUUAUUUCAUUGGCCAAUGUUUACUGUUCAUUAGCAAGAGAGGCUAAAGAUGCACGUAAGAAGGAGCAGUAUUACGUGAGAUCUGCCCAGUUGUACCAGAAGGUACUCGGCUUGGAUCCUAAGGAUGUGUAUGCCGCACAAGGUAUUGCCAUCAUAUUUGCUCAAAAGAAGCAGACGGGAUUUGCACUCGAGAUAUUCCGUCGUGUCCGUGACUGUCUCAACAGUAAGUUUGUCUAUAUCAAUUUGGGACAUUGUCUCUUGGAAUCGAAGCAAUACGCUAAAGCUAUUGAAAACUAUCAGUUAGCAAUGGACAAGUUUGUUACCGAUGAUAAGGAUGCCAAGUUGCUAAAUUUCCUUUCACGUGCUUGGUUGUAUAGAGGACUCAACGAGAAGGAUUCGGGUUGCUUCAAGAAGUCGUUGGAACUUAUUGAAAAAGCAUACGAGAUCAAUCCGCUAUCUGCAUACAAAUACAACAUUACGUUUGUUCAGUUUCAAAUGGCCGACUUUCUUCGGAAGCAACCGUCUGUUAAGAGGCGCGUUUCUGACUUGCAAUUUGGCAAAGAAGGACUUAACAAGGCCAUCAAAUCGCUCAACGAGUUGGCCGAGGAUAAAGAGAAGAAACCACCAUAUCCAUCAGAUGACUUGAAACUUCGCGCGGAACUAGCCACUGGAUUAAUCAAGCAUCUCGAUACGGCUAUUGAGACGCAGAUACAGUUCCAAGCAGUACAAACCAAUAGAUUGGAAGAGGCCAGAAAGAAGCAUGAAGAGGAGGAAAAGGAAAAAAUGGCCAAACAGAAAAUAUUUGAAGAGGAGAAGCAGAGAGAAGAAGAGAAGCUUGUUGCCGAAAGACUUGAACUCGAUAAACAACAGCAAGAAUGGAAUAAGAUACGUCUUGACGAAGCCAAAGAUAGAAAAGAUGAAAUUGAUGCCGAUGAAGAUGGAGAUGCUGGCAAAAAGACUACAAAGAGGAGAGGCAGAAAGAGCAAAGGUAAGGCUAAAGGAAAAGAAAAAGAAAAAGAAAAAGAAAAGGAAGACUUUAUUGUUUCUGAUUCUGACUCGGAAGAGAAGCUUGAUUUAUAUGAUGAUGAGGGAGAUGACAAGGACGAUGGCGACGACAAGGAUGAGGGCGAUGACAAGGACGAUGGUGAUGACAAGGACGAUGGAGACUUGUUUGGAGACGAGAAUGAUAAGAAGAGAAAGAGUGAUGAUAGCUCGUCAGACAACAAGCAGAAGACCAAGAAGAGACACGUUCUCAAAAAGAGAAAGAAGUUGUCUAAAGAGACAAUUGAAGACAGUAGCGAUGAAUUGAAGAACGAAAGUUAUGAUGAAAGUGAAGAGAAGAAGAUUGAUAGGAAAAAGAAUACGAUUGUCGACGAUGAAGACGAAGAAUAG